AUGAACGCUCCAGAUAGGUUCGAACUGUUCUUGCUGAGCGAGGGAGAGAAAAAGAUUGAAGAAAAAGUAUACUCUGGCAUGUCCAACACGUCCGACUUCGUCUUGAACAAGGAGGACCACACACUGGGCAACCUGCUAUCUGAGCACUUGAAGCUUCACCCCAACGUUCACAUGGCUGGUUACAAGCUUGGCCACCCCAAUGUCCCGCAGCUGCUCAUUAGGGUCCAAACGGAUGGAACCAAGACGCCCCGUGAUGUGUUCACGGCCGUCUGCGAGAAACUCAUCAAUCAGCUCGAGUCACUGCACCAGGAGUUCAGCCGCGAAUGGGAACUUCGACGUAUCACCAACACUGGCGAGCAGGGCAACAUGCAAGGAAACGGGUUUUAA